AUGAUGUCAAAAGAGUUGGGUUAUAUCCGAUUCCACAUGUGGAAUGGCAUGCGCUAUACAAACCGAUUAGACUUUACGUUUGUUCACUCUGUUGUGAAGCAACCGUCGCACGGGAUGCUUGAAAGUGAGCUGCGUACGAUUCUUUGGAGGUUUGGUGUCCCAGAAGCUAACCAGCCGCGUGUUAUAGACGAAAUAUUGCAGGCGGUUCAAGUAUCCCUUCCCAUGCUGCCUAUUGAUGUAAAUAUAUACCUAGAGCCGGUUCUAAGACUUCCACCGGCGGCUAGGCUGGAGCCGAACGUCAAAUCGGCGACGGAAUCGUCGAUUGAGAGCCUGGAGAAAGUGAGGCUUGAUAGUUUGGAAGAGUCACCUGAGUCAUUGUGUACUAUUUGUUCCGACGGCCUCGCAGAUCAACUCAUUGCUCGCAUGCCUUGCUCACACUGUUUUCAUGAACAUUGCAUCGUCCGGUGGCUGAAGAUAAGUCACUUAUGUCCCUUGUGCCGAUAUCCCAUGCCAAUCAGUAAGGAGGGCUUGGUUUAA